UACAGUAUAUUCUUUGAAUCCUAUGCAUAUUGAAUUUACACCAACUAAAGUUCCGGGGACCCCUGCUUAAAGUCAUUGUAGCUGCUAGAAAACAGGUUGUUCUAUUAGUGUGAUAUAGCAGCAACAAAAACAACCUCGUUUUAAACCUUGAGAUGCAUGCUUAGGUAUCUAGAAUAUACGACUUGUUUAUUAGGUGAGUGCUAAAAUAUACUGUAAAAGAUUUUCUUGGGUCGGCAAUACAAGAUUUUAUUCAUUGGUGGAUUUAUUAAUAGAGUUGUUUAUUAAAAAUUAAUAAAAAAAAAGAAGGUUUUAUCGUUAUCUAACAUCUGUUAUGAAUUUAUUAUUAUCCUACAUGAGUUAGGAGAACAUGUCUUUGUCAAUAAAGAAGCCUUGUUUCCUUUUUCUUUCUCUCUAUUGGAAUAUAAAAUAAUCUUGUUAAACUUGGAACGACAACAACAACUGCGAUUGUUUCUUCUGGGUUCUGUUCGAUUUCUAGGAGCUCAAAGUUUCCAACUAUUCCAUGUUUCUGGUCUCUGCUAGCUCUGUUCCGCGUACGUCGAAGCAAAUUCCCUAGCACUUUCUCAAUUAUUUUAAGUUUCAAUUCUUGAUGACUGAGCUUAGCUCUUCCAAUCUUGACUCCGCCACACAGAAGCUAAGAAUCUCCACCGAAAACCCACCUCCUCACAUAAACAUAGAUGUCCCCACCACCGGUGACGCUGCUCUGUCUCCGGCGAGAACCGUCAACCAAUUCAAGAAAAUUACUGUACUGCCACUAGUUUUCCUGAUAUUCUACGAGGUCUCAGGCGGUCCGUUUGGGAUUGAGGAUAGUGUGAAAGCAGCAGGACCAUUGUUAGCCAUUGUUGGAUUCAUCGUCUUCCCGUUCAUAUGGAGUAUCCCUGAAGCACUCAUCACCGCUGAGAUGGGAACAAUGUUCCCUGAGAACGGUGGUUACGUUGUGUGGGUCUCUUCAGCCUUGGGACCUUAUUGGGGGUUUCAACAAGGUUGGGUUAAAUGGCUAAGCGGCGUUAUAGACAACGCUCUUUAUCCGAUUCUUUUCCUCGACUAUCUCAAAUCCGGAAUCCCGAUUCUCGGUAGUGGAAUCCCUCGAGUCGCUGCAAUUUUGGUGUUGACUGUAGCCUUGACUUACUUGAACUACAGGGGUUUAAGCAUUGUCGGUGUAGCAGCUGUUCUUCUCGGCGUUUUCUCGAUCCUUCCGUUUCUGGUGAUGUCUUUCAUGUCGAUUCCAAAGCUUAAGCCUUCGAGAUGGCUUGUGGUUAGCAAGAAGAUGAAAGGUGUUGACUGGAGCUUGUAUCUCAACACACUUUUCUGGAAUCUCAACUAUUGGGAUUCGAUUAGUACGCUUUCGGGCGAAGUGGAAAACCCGAGUAAAACGUUACCAAGGGCUCUGUUUUAUGCUCUGGUUCUUGUUGUGCUAUCUUACAUUUUUCCGGUUUUGACCGGGACAGGAGCUAUAGCUCUUGAUCAGAAGCUAUGGACUGACGGGUAUUUCGCUGAUAUCGGUAAAAUUAUAGGAGGAGCAUGGUUGGGAUGGUGGAUUCAAGCUGCAGCUGCGACAUCGAACAUGGGAAUGUUUUUGGCUGAAAUGAGCAGUGAUUCUUUUCAGCUUCUUGGAAUGGCUGAGCGGGGGAUGCUUCCCAAGGUCUUUGCCAAGAGAUCGCGCUACGGAACUCCAUGGGUGGGGAUACUGUUCUCGGCCUCUGGUGUGAUUCUCUUGUCAUGGUUAAGCUUUCAAGAGAUUGUGGCUGCAGAGAAUUUGUUAUACUGUUUUGGAAUGGUUUUGGAGUUUAUUACCUUUGUGAGGUUAAGGAUGAAGUAUCCGGCUGCAACACGGCCGUUCAAGAUACCUGUAGGGGUUUUGGGAUCGAUCCUCAUGUGCAUUCCACCAACAGUGUUGAUCGGUGUCAUCAUGGCGCUUACUAACCUGAAAGUUGCGCUGGUGAGCCUUGCAGCAAUAGUGAUUGGGCUAGUGUUGCAACCUUGUCUUAAGCAAGUGGAAAAAAAGGGAUGGCUCAAGUUCUCAACCAGCUCUCACCUACCAAACCUGAUGGAGUAAGACCGAAGAUGGUGAUGCUUAUGGUUUUUUUUUUUACCUUUGAUCUUACAAGUAAUAAUCAUUGCUUUAGAAGAAGAAGAUCUGGAUUUUUGAUCAAAGCAUAAAGCUUAUUUAACACUAUUAGAUGAAGACAUUUCUUUUCAGCUUAUUGGAUUUCUUUGCUUUUGCAUUAUACACAAAUUUACACCGCAUGUGCUUAAUUAUAUAUUGCAUCUUACGCAACACUUGUAGUUGAUUCAUUGACAACUAGGGAUAGUCUAGUGAAGUCAUCAACACAUUCUUAGAGCUAUUGGCAUUGCAUUGCUGAGAGGUAACAUAAGGAAAGAUUAAUUGGAGAGAACUAGUGAUAUUGGUAAAGCAACUAUUAAAAGAGUUGCUGCAAGAAUGUGUUGAUGACUUCACUAGACUAUCCCUAGUCUUCCGUGGAAGUCAGAAAUCUCCAGGAAUCUUUUUCUUGGCUUGAUUCUGAGAUUUUCCUACAGUUCUUGUAAUGUUCAAAGAUUACUGUGAUUUUGGAUA